AUGUGCGAACCCAAUCGCACCGCAUGGCAAUGGAGUGACGUAAAGGAGCCACACCUCCACUCCAGUCGCUCACACACAUGUCGGUGGACAUCGCCACGCCGCCAUUCAGUGCACCCCACAGAGACCGCAGCGGAGUGGUCCAGAAACACAACGGCAUCCUCCCCACUCACAGUGCACACAUACACAAUGACAGUCUCACAUGCUCAUAUCAGAGAGGCACUGCCGCAUUCCCAAAAAUACACUCCAAGUCACACACCUACAGAGAGGAAAAGCAAAACACAAGAAAAGAACAACAACAACAACAGGAUACCAACAGCACACACAAAGCACUCACAAUACAAUAAUCACAGCUGCCACUCCCAUCAGAGAAAAACAUUCACCCACACCAGCACAUCAACUCAACCCCAAAAAGAAAAAAAGAAAAAAACAGACCCAUUACGUGAAGCCGAAGCGGACCAGUCUCAGUCCAUCUCCCCGCAGGCUGCAGUCACUCAAGCAAGCCACACACCAAACAACACACACAACACAAGGGCAGAAAUAUGUUCGUGGCAAUGCCGUGAGUGA